GUGGGCCUGAAGGGUGGAACAGUGGAGAGGACCAUAGUAAUAGCGGAGAUGCAUUUCCAGAGAAUAAGCGCAAGAGAAGAAGCAGAUGGAGCACUAAUCCUGAAGAUAAAAUUGUCAUCCCUGGCAUGCCAACUGUAAUACCUUCAAAUCUGACAGAAUCACAGCAACGACAGUAUGUGGUUCAUCUUCAAAUUGAGGAAUUUACUCGCAAGCUGAGAACUGGUGAACUGGGGAUUCCUGCUAAUCCAGAGGAGAGGUCCCCAUCUCCAGAGCCCAUCUACAACAAUGAGGGUAAGAGGAUGAACACCCGUGAGUAUCGGACUCGCAAGAAGCUAGAGGAAGAGCGGCACAAGCUCAUUCAGGAGGCGUUGAAACUAAACCCAGAUUUCAAACCUCCUGGUGACUACAAACCACCAAUUAUACGUGUGAAUGACAAGAUCAUGAUACCACAGGAAGAACACCCUGAGAUCAAUUUUGUAGGUCUUCUCAUUGGUCCCAGGGGAAAUACAUUGAAGAAUUUGGAGAAAGAGACAGGGGCAAAAAUUAUCAUCAGAGGCAAAGGUUCUGUGAAGGAUGGGAAAAUUGGACGCAAAGAUGGCCAACCCUUGCCCGGGGAAGAUGAACCCUUGCAUGCGUACAUCACUGCCAGCAUCCCAGAGAAUGUAACUAAAGCUGUAGAGAAGAUCAAAGAGAUCAUCAGGCAGGGCAUUGAAGUUCCAGAAGGACAAAAUGAUUUACGCAGGCAGCAGUUGAGGGAAUUGGCUUUACUCAAUGGAACACUGCGAGAGAACGAUGGGUUGACAAAACUUCGGCAAAUAGCAGAAAGUCAAACGAUUGUUACAAAUACAAUCAUAUGUACAAUCUGUGGUGGUGCUGGCCAUAUUGCUCAAGAUUGUAAACAGAAAAGGCCAGGGGACUCAUUCAGAAUGCAGCAGGCACAGAACCCAGCUGAAAGAGCAAAGAUGGAUAGUGAGUAUAUGUCUCUGAUGGCUGAGCUGGGAGAAGGACCACCUCCACCAAAAACAGAGUCAUCAACUUACAGCUCUCCAAACUAUGGGCGCACUUUGCUUGCAAAUCCUCCACCGAAUCCAAUGGCAAUAAAUUCCCCAUGGCAGAUGAAUAAUCGGCCACCACUGGGACAACCUAUGCCAGCUGCUCCUCUACUAAGCCGUCCUCCCUAUGGUAUGCCAAUGGGGCCUCCUCAGAUCAACCCUUACGGACGUUUGCCAGUGCAGGGGAUGAAUUCACCUACACAGCCUCCCCCUGGUAUGCAGGCACCAUCAGGACUCAUUACUCCAAUGGCAACAUCCCAGUCACCUGCGCAGCAGUCACCUCUGCUGGGAGGUAUGGGGACUGUGCCUCAGAUGCAGCAAGGUUCAGAUGCGGGGGGAUUCUGGCAGUCUCCUCAAGUUAGUCAGACCCAGGGCCUGUCGUCCAUCAGUAACCCAGGAGCUGCCAGCCCUGGCUCCAUGAGUGUUCCUCCUCCUCCGCCAGCUUCAUUGUUAGCACCACCACCUCCCCCUCCCCCUCCUGUGAGCAAUCAGAUGCAGUCCCAACCAUCACCUUCUUGGGCGCACCAGCUGCAAGCAGGUAAGGUACCUUUGCUGACUUCGUCGCAGCUACCACUACCUCCUCCUCCUCCACCACCACCACCACCACCCUCAUCUGGCAGAGACAGCGAGUCGGCCUUUACCUCAGGUUCCAUGACUCCUCAACAGCAAACUCUUCUAGAGAUCCAGAACCAAGUACUGCAGAAGCAACAACAGAAAGUGGCCAUGUUAACACAGAGUGCCAGAAUGGGGGAAAUGGCCAGUCCCAGCAUGGCAGCAAACAGAGGCAACAGUCAGCCGAGCUCAGCCACUGGUGGUUCAGACAGUUCUUCCAAUUUCAGCCAUCCGCAGAGCAUGAGAACUGGGCAAGAUGCCAGCUUCAGUGGUCAGAGUAAUCAAAGUAUGAUGAUGAUGAACAACCAGAACUUGCACAACAGUAGCAUGCCUCAAGGUCAGAUGGCCAACAGGAGUUUUGACAGUCCUUUCAACUAUCAACAGAUGUCUGGGCCAGAGGGUCAGGCGGGGGCUCAUUAUGCUAGCAUGAGCAUGGGCCAAGGGGGUGGAGCUCAGAACAUGAUGGGUCCCGGGAAUAAUCAUCAGAACAUGAUGGGUCCUGGGAAUAAUCAUCAGAGCAUGAUGGGUCAGGGAAAUAAUCAUCAGAGUAUGAUGGGUCAGGGAAAUAAUCAUCAGAGUAUGAUGGGUCAGGGAAAUAAUCAUCAGAGUAUGAUGAAACAGGCAAAUAAUCAUCAGAGUAUGAUGGGUCAGGGAAAUGAUCAUCAGAAUAUGAUGAACCAAAGAUACAUUCCACAGAAUAUGAUGAAUCAAGGAAAUAAUCAGCAGAGUAUGAUGGGUCAGGGAAAUAAUCAUCAAAAUGUUAUGAAUCAAGGGAAUAAUCAGCAGAGUAUGAUGAACCAAGGGAAAACCUCUCAGGGUGCGAUGGCUUCCGGUAAUAACUCCCAAAACAUGAUGCAUCAGAGAAAUGAUUCCCCAAUGAUGAAUCAAGGAAAUCAUCCCCAGACUUGGAAUAAUCAUCUGAAUAAUGCAGAUAUAGAAAAUAAUCAACUGGAGAAGGGUAACAAUUGCAAUAUGUGGAACUAA